UUUUUUUUUUUUUUAUGUUUUUUUUUUAUUUUUUUUUUUUUUCUUUUUCUUCUUCUCUUUCAUCUCUCAUUCUUUUUUUUUACUUUGUACAAUGAUGACAGAAAACUCAUAUGAUGAUGAACAAGAUUAUAUGGGAGGACACUCUUUAGAAGAAGAACUUCUCGGUAAAGGCUAUUUAAACGGAGUGCCUUUAGGUUCCUCUUUAGCAGCCGAAUUACAAUCAGCGACUAUUGAAGAUGACAGUGAUGAAGUGCUUACAACCACAGCACCUGUGUCUAAAUUAGCCUCCAUGGCCAUGGACCGACGUUCGUUAAGUUUAGAGGUAACCAGCCCACUUUUAUCACCCUUACAAUGGUCUGCCUCUACAGGACUUCGUAGUCGACGUUCUUCCUUCAGUAGUUCCUGGUCCUCUUUAAACGAUCAGGAAGAAGAUGACCCUUUUGAAGUAUUAAAACGACAAUUGGAAGAUUUAAAUACAGCUGUGUGGGAGACAAAGACACUUCAUAAGCGGUUAUUAAACACACUGUCGUUGGAUGAAACACUCAAAGAUCUCGUGACCUAUGCUCCACCCUUUGAAUAUGUAAUUCAGUCCGUCAUCAAUCUGAUUGUCAGUAAAUCCCGCGACCGUGAAAGACAGACCAGCUAUUUACGCAACCUCGAUAGUGCACUGCGAAAGGAAAGUAGCUGGAUGUCAGCAGAGGCUUUGAAAGAGAUCGAGAGUUUACUCACUGGCAUCAAACAUACCCUGAAUGACCCAUCCUUUUCCUAUGAAAACCCUUUACCUGCUAUUCGUACUUUAACCAUCGAAACAAGUGCUGCCACAGAGUCCUUGGAGGAAUUAAAAGAAAUCAUGUAUGUCAAUAAACGUCAAGUCCAAGAAUUAAAUUCAAGACUCAGAUCCAUUGCAAAAACCGUGCAUGAAGUCAGAAAGGACAUGAGAAGGAUAAAUAAAUUUAUAGAAGAAAAGGACGAUGAAGACCCCAUCGUACUUGAAAAAGGUGAAGCCGCUGAACGUAUUAAAGAAAUCAUGUGGGGUAUGGACGAUCUUGACACUGAAUCCACAAAGAAGCUCAAAAAAAUGCAAGCCUUUUGGGAAAAUGCACACCUCACCUGUACCUAAAAAAAAAAAAAAAGUUUUUAUAUUCUUUUUCUUUUAUUAUUAUUAUUAUUAUUAAAACACAUUCUGAAAUACAUCAUUUUUAAACCGUAAAGAAAUAAAAAAUUGUGUACAUGGCAAG